AGAGCGGGCACAUGUCCGCGCUUUUAGUUUGUUUUUUUUUUCUUGCUCCGAAUUGGAUUUUAAUUAAAUUUAAAUUCACAACAAUGAGCAGCCAGAAGCUGGAAUACGACUCCAGCCUGGGUGGCCGAGUGACGCUGCCCUCGCACGUGACCACGUACCACUAUGCGGCCGGAGCGCUGCAGGAGAUCCGGAGCCUGAUCGCGGACGCCGAGCAGACGACGCAGCGCAGCAGCAAGCUGAUCUUCCAGACGCUGCCCAAGCACAUGCGCCGCCGGGCGAUGUCGCACCACCCGAAGCGGCUGCCACGUAAGUACCGCCAGGCGCACAAGUCCCAGAUGGGCAAAGGCGGCAACCAGCCGGUGAACAGCAAGCGUCCCUCGAGGAAGUAUCGCCGCCGGCCGAAGAACCUGCUUCGUGAGUACAUACGCCGGCAGAGGCGACAUGUCUGGCUGGAGACGCACAUCUGGCACGCAAAGCGCUUUCACAUGGUCGAUCGCUGGGGUCACCGGUUGCCCCUCGCCAGCUGCGACAAGACCUACCGCGCCUGCUAUCGCGCCAGUGCCCAGCACUGUCUGCUGCAGGACAUCUCCUUCUACGGCUGUGUGGAGCUGCGUGGCAGUUUGGAUGCAUUGCGCCAAGGAUUCGCCAGGCUAACGAGUCCGGAGUGUGGCCUGGGCAUUGCGGCCAAGACCUAUGUUAGCGGACGGCGAGAGGGCAGCGUGGAGCUCUUCGCAGACGGCCAGUAUCCGCACGGAGCUCUGCAGCGGGCAAGCUUUCUCUGGUGUCCACCAAAGGAAGAGGAUGAGCAAGAACGCACCCUCUGGCUGUGGCUGCAUCCCAGUGCUGCUCAAGCUACCAUUGAUCAAUUAUUGCAAGUCUUUCAGCUGAAGUCAGAGAAACAACAGAAGCUACCAUUGAACGAGCAAGUUGACGAGGAAAUGGAGGUACCAAGCGAGGAGAAGAAGAAUCUCAAUGGAAAGAAACCUUCAGAGAAACCCCUGCGCUUUUGGACCCAUACCAAGGCCUUUGAGCCGCAGCCCAGCUACUCCAAUUCGGACGAAACUAUUCAUUUGGUGCUGCUGCAGCAUGCCUUCAAUCGGUUUCGUUUGACGGGACCUCGAGCGCAACGCGUCUUGGCCGCUAGCCUCCGUCCGAGACAGAAUGAGCUGCAUGACGAAGCCACCGACUACUGCCAGGCGGCUUUACAGCUGAGUUCGCCCAGCGAGCUGCUGUCUAACCUAGUGAUGGGCUACCAAGUCGUCGAUCCACGCCUGCAGCGACCAAAGAAGCGUACAAAAGCCGAAGGAACUCCAGAACAGCCAAGCUGCACUGCCGGAGAUCUGUUAAUGCGUCAGCCAAAGGGUCUACCAGGGAGUCCCCUGUGGGACAAGGAGGCGCGGAAGAGACUGGCCACAGGAAUAAUGACCACGCAGGCGUACGAACAGCUGCGUCAGCAGCAUGCUGUGGUUCCAGGAGCACCAUGCGCAUUCGAACAGGAAAUGCAGACAGUGCCCUUGAUACUGAUCCAGCGACCAGGCUCUCAGAACUCCAGCUACAAGAGGCUAGCAUAUGGCUGCGGCUGGGAUGUGAUUGUACCGGCUGGCUAUGGCAUGAUCGUCUGGCUGACGCUGACUAUGUGGGGCGCCAGGCCCGGUGGCUUGAGGGAGCUGGAUACGGUGGCCAGAGAGGCGGGCGCUGAGAUGCACUUGCCCGACACAGUAGCUGGUGCCCAAGAGUCUGCUGCGUCGGCCGAUGAAUUGCGUGGCCGCUACUUUCGACUGCCGCCCAACAAGCGCACAAACUACAGGAAACUGGCGGUGACCAGUCCGUUUAGUGCUCCCUGGAAACACCUGGUGCGAGACUGGCGUUCAUCUGAUGCUCCAGCUGCCAGUGGCUCAAUGGGCUUCUACGUUUUGCGGCAUCGGCAGCAACUGGAGGCGAUCGCUGAGUGCUUGAAGCGGCGCCAACCUCUGCCAGAAACCCUCCCCGCGGAGGCCAUCAUCCAGAUCCAACUGCGACUCGUGGCCCGUGGCCAUGUGAAGGACAAUGCUUUGAUUUGCCUUCCCACGACUGCGGAUUACAAAAAGCGCUGGCGCCAGUUGAAGCGCGAUGAGGCGGCACCAGUGCACGUAGAGCCCUCGCUGCCGGAUCUGAAUGAGCGGGAGCGGAAGGAGCUGCGCCAAAGCCAUAAGCUCAAGCUGAAGCGCUUGCGGGCGCAAAGGGUACGCGAGAAGCGUCGCCUUCAGGAGACGGCCACCAAGCGGGUGCACAUCCGUGCGGCCAACACAGCACAGCUGGUGCGGUCGCAACUAGAGACAAUGUGCCGCCUGUGGCUGCCCACCGAUACCUCGGAGAUGCGGGACAGCGUGCGCCGCCAGUGCAGCCGCGAAGUCUUUGGUUAUGUGCGAUCCGCCGGGUUCAGCUUGACGGAGGCCUCGGUUUGUGCCGUGGGCUAUGUAACGGCCGCCGGUCUUCAGGAGCUCAUCCGCGAACUACCACCUGGCAAGGGAGGAAAGCCGACGCCACUGAUGUGCCUGGUGCGGGACCCGGAUAGCCGUGACUAUAGAUGGGCCAGCUUCCAGUUGAAUCUGAAUGUGGCCAGUCCAGCCUUUUGAUGGGGAUUGGCGAAUACUUUUUGAGCUUCGAAGGUGUAGAUGGCGAACAUGGCCACGUUGCAGAUGAG